UCUCAGCAUUGCAAUAUGCUGCCCAGCUGGAAUGCUCAACUGCUCAACUGCUUACGCAGAAGGCUGGGGAGACACAAAUUUCACGCCAAUUGACGCCUUUUAUACCCCUUGGUCGAUUGGCAGGCUUGAUUACGGUCUACUAGCAGACACCUGAAACUAAGGCGGGCGUCAGCCUAUUUGACAGCAUAAUGUCAAGUAGAACUCACAACGCUAUGUCUGUCUCUAUUAGACCAUACGCUCCAACUCUGUCGCUAGAUCCUCAUGGCCCCUCUCCCUCGCCAAAUCGAUCGGCGUCUCUCCCUACACACACACACACACAGAGAGAGACGGGGAGAGAAAUUGCUUCGCCGUGGCUCUGUGUCGGCCCACUUACGUGAUUGUUGGUUCGCUUGAGGAGCUCGCGGCCGCCUUGCUUGUUGACCAUGCACAUGACCGCCUCCCUGUGCCGCUGCAUACCCGCCAUGUGCAUGGGGGUGUUGCCAAACGGGACGCAGAGGGAUAAAGAGGAAACAGGGAUUACGGAAAGUAUGUCUCCGGUGUCUUUGCUCACCGUGUUGAUUGUCUGGAGCAGCGUCACUCCUCCUUCCUUCAGCAGAUACUCCAUCGCCUCCACACGAUUGCCAAUUGCAGCCAUGUGAAGGGGUGUCAAGCCAUGCUGGUCGGGGAUUUUGAGGGGUUCGGGGCUGCCGUUCCACUCCACCAACUGCCGCAACACGUCCACGUGGCCACCGAAGGCAGCGUUGUGAAAUAUCGUCCGGCACUACAGACACAGAUCAGGCGUGUAGCCCUGCUCACACAUGAUGUGUUGUUACAUAGGACUCGAGCGAGAGGAUGGAGUCGAAUUCUUUUCGCUUGACGAUGGCCGUGAGCACUUUCAGCUGUCCUUCCUCCGCAGCAACGCCGGCAAUUGUGCGGCCGUACUGAAUCAAGAGACACAGACAGACACUGUGUGUGUGCGUCUGUUUGUCUGUUUGUCUGUUUGUUGGAGACACUGACCUUGUCUUUGAUGGUCAAAAGAUGCUCUUCCCCCGUGCCCAGCAACAGAUUGACCACCGACACAUGCCCUCUUUUCGCCGCUAGGUGAAUCGGGGUGGGCUCUUCUCGAACCUUCGUCCGUUUCUCAAUCAGAUGUGUUCCUCCUUGCUCGACAAUCUCCUUGACCAGCUUCUCCCGGCCAUUCUGGGCGCUGUAGUGCAAGGGCGUGAAGCCGUCAUCGUCAGCCUCUUCGAGACGCUCGCGGCCCUCUUUUCGAUGAAGUUGAUCAACGCCUUCAGGUCACCCUCGGCACACGCUUCAAAGAUGGUUUUGUUCUGGAACGAGAGACAAGAGACAUGAAGAGGACUUCAAAGCAUUCACGGCAGGGACGGACGCUCCAUUCCCUGCUUGACCUCUCCGCUUCCUGUCGUGUCUGCGUCCUGAGCCGCCCCUUUCCGAUCGACUGAGAGCGUUUGGCCUGAGAACAGAAGCGAGACACUAUUCAACACAGGCACGACACGUAUGCGAACACACACUAAUAUACACACCACACGUCUCCUCUCCAGCCCAUGAGUACCUUCCAUCAUGAUUGGUUCACCAGCUUGCCACAGGUGGGGCGUCCAGUCACAACAUCCGAUCUUCUUCAUGACGACAGUGUUUCCCACCGCACACAUCAGAUGCUCCUUCAGGCCCUUACACGAUAAUGUCGACGGCUUCGUGUCGUACGUGGUGCUGGUGCUGACCCUUCGUUCCGCCUUAUGCACAAGCUCGUCGUGCUCCAUCGAGACCGAAGGCUUGCAGCAUGCGUCAGGGAUGAAACGAUACAAAUCGCAUGGCUCGUCGGGAGGCAGCAUCUCCCAUUGCUCAUCUUCGGCCUCCUCCUUCUUGUCGUCGGUCGUGCCGGUCUGUUCCCCCGGCGUGUCCAGCACCAAUUUAUUGCUCUUGUAGACUCGAAGAGUCUUAUCCGGAAACGCCAUUGGCACAAGACGACGGGCCACGUCGCUGGUGCAGAAAGAGUCUUUCUUCCACCUCCACAGCUGGGAUGGAUCCACAGAUUCGCCUUCGUUGCGGCCCGUCCUUUCUUUCAAAAAAAUGAAAGUGCGACCGACACCGCUCUCAGCGGUAAGUACCAUGUCACUCCUCCCGGUACGAAUGUCGUACAUGUGCAGCCGGAAGAAUGCAGCCUUGAUAUUCUCCUGCUGGCGAAGAUACUGCUUGUAGGGCAUGAAGAGCGGAUUCGCUUUGACGAGUACUAUGCCGUUCUCGUCUUUCAGCAAGCCAGGGUGGAUCAUGCGGUCGACGACCUGGUGUUUGCUGUCCUCGAUGAAGAUGGAGAUGUAGCAGGGGCUGAUGGUGUCCUGGGUCGUCUCUGCGCCAGGGACCAGCUCGUGCCAUUCCUUUGCCAAGCGGAAGAAGCCAAAUUCAAUUUCUAUCUCCUUCUCCUCUUCUUUCUUUUUCCUGCAUUGCGUGAGAGAGGAGAAAGUGUCAUAAUGUCUCCCUCUGCAUUGUUCAUACCGGGUCUCCCAUUCGAUCGUUGGCUUUGCGCCGACCCCAACGCCGCUGAUUUCCCCGCUAAGCUCCAGUCCGAUGGCUGUUCUAUUGUACUUGCUCUCUUCCUUCUUCAGCUGCUUCCGAACUUUCUUAGGUGGAGCCGCCGGCACAAGCAUCACCUGACAUAAGUACAUGCUGACGUGCUUUCUCACUUCACGAAACCUGUCCGCUUACCCAUGCAGGGCUGUUGGCCUUGUUCAGGAUCCGGAGAGCAAAGUUUCUCGCCGUUGGCGUUUCUGAGGCCAUCUCCAAGGCUAGCG